CUAACGUAGCAUCAUUCAACUCGACGCGCACCGCGUUAAUGAUUCUUUUUCUUGAUCCUGGAUUUUUGACGUGAACGGCGAAGCAAGAUAAAUGGUGGCUUUUUAACUAUAUUUAUUAAUUCUGAUAUUCGCGAAUCAGACUUCAAGAUUUUGUUUCUUUUCUGCUUGUCUCACGACGCUGCUCCUGAGUUCUCGUUAACGGCGUUUACUUAGUUGUCAACCUCUCAACCUCGCAUCCCAGACUAAAAGCCUUCAAGGAGACAACAUCAGGCAAGCAAGCAGUUCUUGUCUACGCGCCCAAAAGGAGAAAACACCUCUCGUCAUCUCGCCGCGAUUCUCAUCCUACCCUGUGUGCAACAUUGUGAGGCCGUAUCUAAGAUUCGUCGCCAAAACAUAAUUUUCAACGGUUGCUAUUGAUUAGCCAGCCAGUAUGGCUAUCACCGAUGAGAAUGCGUUUGAGCUACCCAAGCUUCGUUCCUCGUUCUCGCUAGAAAACGAUACAGAGUUUCUCGAGAAUGACAACGUUGCUGAGUUCUUCGAUGUCAAGUUCUGUCCCUACCAGCCGCUUGAUGCACAACCUGUCUUUGCGGCUAUCAGCAAAAAGCAUGUGGUUAUCUGCACCCUAUCUCAAACAGCUGACAACAACCCAUGCGAAGUCCUCUCGGUGAUCAGAGAUGAUGAUGAAGAGGCUUCCGCAUGCUGUUGUACUUGGACAAAAGAUCCCGUAACAGGCGCCCCCUACCUAUGCAUUGGUGGAGUCGAUGCCAAAGUCAAGAUCUAUGAUGUUGUGAACGGGAAACUAUACAGGUGCCUGACCGGCCAUGGAGGUGAUGUCAAUGAUCUAGCAACUUCGCCUGCAGACCCGUCUAUUAUCGCCUCCGCUUCUGGUGACACGAGUAUUCGUGUCUGGAGUCUUGACCCAGUUCACGCAAACCGGCCCUGCUUGGUUAUACUCGCCGGUGAAGGCCAUUCAUGGGAUCUUCUGAGCUUGGCUUUCCAUGACACUGGCCGGUACAUUCUGUCCGCUGGACAUGACCAGAUUAUCAACCUGUGGACGCUCCCAGAUCUUCCCACUGAGGCCAUCACAACCCCUGUCCGUGUCCAUUACCCUCACUUUUCGACCUCAGCAGUCCACAGUGGUAUCAUUGAUUGCGUGGCCUUCUAUGGUGACUAUAUCCUAUCUAGGGCAUGUCAUGACAAUGUUAUCUCGCUUUGGAGAAUAGAGGGUUUCUCUUCUGCAAACCCUCCCCCUCCCCAGAGCAUGGCACCGACAGCUCAGACAACUGUUCCAACCAAUUACGAUGAGGCGAGCCGUCUCACACGUUCAGCGUUUGUUCCAACGAUGUCUCCUCAGUGCCCUUCUCAGUAUACCAUGCUGCUCCAGUUCCAUACCCCCAACUGUGGCCCGCAGUUCUUCAUGCGUUUUAAGUUACAUUUUGUGCCGGACCAGCAUCCAGUUUUAGCAUUUUGCAAUGCAGGUGGAAACGUUUUCUUUUGGGAUUUUGAACGUUUGUUAGCGUACCGAGAGUUCAUGGAAAUGCUCAAGGACCCAAACAAGGACAGGAGUAAACCAGUCCCCCAUCCAAGUUGGAUGAGGCUUGUGAAGGGUCGACCCCCCAAGACGGACUCUAAUAAAGGCCGGAACGCAGGGGCCGACAAGGACAUUCCGAGCGCCUUCCGAGCAGACGCAAUCAGGCUGAGUGAAGAGAUUGGUGACUAUAACGCAGAGACCCUAGAGACCUGGGCGUCGAGGUACAGUCAAGAGGAUCCUCAUGAGCCAUUGAAGGCACAUAAGACGGAGUCUUCAUCUGCCAAUUUUGUGGGUCGACAGGCAGCUUGGAGUCCCGGAGGAGAGUGGUGUGUCGUGGUGGGAAGCUCAAAUCAGGCAUUGAUCCUCCAGCGCUGGGCUAACAAAGGGUCAACAUCAAGAGCAUCUGCCUCUGCCUCUGCCUCUGCCUCUGCCCCUCCGUCCGCUCCCCCAUCUGCCCCUAUCCAAAACGGCACGAGUUAGUAUGACAGCCGAAGGAUGCGUUGAUCAUCAACAAGACUAGAGACCCCUAAUCGGUAGACUUGAGUAUAGUGGAAUAGAAGUAUCUUCCUCGACAUCACCUGAAGGGUUCAAAGCAUUCCAUGCAGCUUUGUCUAACUCGCCUCCAUAUGUGAUUAUUCUCUCCAGAUGGUUUCGGGCACUCUCUUGUUCCAUUAGUCUUGCUUUCUGCCCUUCUUCAGCCUGAGACUGCGAGACUGGGCUGAUGGGAAGGAUCAGAUCUGCAAUGUAAAAAGAGGCCAUGGCUCGUAAUCGAAGAUAGUGUUGAUUCCUUGAGUAAGGCAUAUCCUGCAUCACUACAUCCAUCCUCUUCGUGAUAUCCUUCAUGAUGGAUAAUGCCUGGACUCGCAGCUCGUACUUUUUGUGAAGCUUCCCCGUUUCAACGCUGUCUGUUUCGUCACUUGCGAUGCUUUCAUCAUUGCCGAAAGACUCUCGGCGAGGAUCUUCAUCAAUCUCGCUCUCCAGCCGAUCUAGGGCCAGUAUAUGUUCGGUAUGCGUAUUGUAGAUUUCACAGCUAAACAGAGCAAUCCAGAAGUCCAAGGCUGAGACGACCUUUGGGGUCUUGUAGUCAUAGGGAUGCUGCUGGAUCAGGGUAUCGAAAUAGGCCUUGACCUUGUUCAUAUUGGCAGCCCGGCCCCAUCUCUUGGUAGAUUUCGGUUGAUUCUCAUGUGAGCUUUCAUCUUGCUGUAAAGUAUCUUCACCCUCACGCAUGAGAAUUUCUGCGCCAAUGGCCCAGAGAUCAUGAUGCCGAAUAUCGAUAGGGAGACCAGACGGACGCAAUUGUAGAAUAAGGCCAUACGCGCGAGAUGCCUUAGCUAUCUCUCCUCGAUCAAGAAAGUAGUGAAUAGACUGCAAGAGAACAUCAAAAUGGCCGCCCCGUUUACGACUUGUGGAUUUCUUAGACUUUGGGCGCGCUGCUUCGUCUCCUUCUGUCUCCGGAUCUUCAUCACUCUCAGCUUCAAUAGAAAAGGCUUCAUUCGAUGAGAUGCCGCGAUGCGGAAAGUCGCGUAUGCGUCGUGAAGGGUUCUCUUCCGUUUCUGAGAGGCCAGCGAUAGCGAACUGGGCAACUACACCAGGAGAAUGGCUGAGAGGGUUGAUGGAGCUUUGGGGCAGUGAGCUUGGAAAAUCG